AUGUCUAAAAAUUUAAACACCAUCAGUUAACAAGAUUCAGGAUUAAACAUUUCGUCAUAGGAACAGAUCGUUCAAAGCUUUGAUGAAAUUAAUAGACAGAGCUAUUCUUAAAAUGAUAGGGAAAUGUGUAAAUCCUCUGUACUCCAAACUUAACUUGUACCUAUGACACUUCGAGAGUUCCUUUUAAAAGAAGAAAUCAUAAUAAAUAAUAAUCCUUUCUGUGAGCCAGCACCAAAAUCUGUAACUAAAGAGCUACCGAAAAGAAGCCCAGCGCCAAUCUUGUUUUCAAGUACUAUAUCUAAUAUAAUAAUAGAUUAAUUUAUAAGAAAAGCAGAGAUCAACAAACUUCUCUGUUCCUGAUAUUUAAAAGAGUCAAAAAUUUAAGAAUCACAUCCUUGAAUUAAAUCAAUUUGUUCAUUUAAUUCGAUUAUAAGUUUUAUCUAUAACUUCCAUC